CGAAUUGUAGCAGGGCGCGGUAUUAGAAACUGCUAUCGUUUCAUUUGCUAUCGACGAAGUGUUUCAGACAUUUCAUUGCAUUUAUGCGGUGAUAAAGGUGUAAAAACAGAAUGGACAGCAAAGCCAACCUGCGCUAUGAGGCUGGUGAACUGAUGCUGAGGGCAUCAAAGAAAGCAUCCGUCAUGGAGAAACUCCACAAGGCCCAAGUGUCUAAAGGAGUUUCCUUUGUUCCAAAGGACCCUGAAGCUGUGCUGGGGGAGGCCAAGGUCAGAGUUGUUGACGCUGGAGGGGAUCCCUUAGAUCAGUUGGUGUUGGUGGGUCAGAGUGUCGUUCAGUUUGGUCAGUACAGGGGGAAAACCUUCAAGUGGCUACUUGAAAAUGACAUUGGUUACUCGCUCAUGGUCCUAUCUGCGCAUCAGCGGGAGAGUGAGGCUGAGAGACUGAACAGAGGGGCCCUCAUAGAGAAUAAGGAUGCCUUUCUCCAAUACGCCUGCUCAUUCAGCGACGUCACCGAAGCCAUCAGACUGCGCAGGCAGAGAGAAGGCACCUUGCCUGGCUUUGAGGGUGAAUGCCAAAGCAUACAUUCCCAGCCAGUCACAGCACGUGAGGAGGAGCCAAUGGAUGCUGACUUGUUGGCCUCAGCUAUGCAGCUGGAGGGAAAAGUACUUCAGUCUUUGGCCCCCACACCGAUCUCUUCGGCUCUACUGGUGCAUUGGACCACUCAGAGGCAGGCAUCAGCACCUUCUGAGGUUGUUCUCCCUGAGUCUUGGAAGCGGUCGCUUCCAAAAGAGCAGCAUAGCUGGAUCGUCCGAGCCCUCUUCCGGCAGCGGGGUGGAAAAACGGUGCUUACAGAGGACCUGCAGAUGUGGUGGUAUCCUCCCCAGCCACAUCUGCAGUAUCAUCAGCCGCCAGCAUCACCAGACACAUUUUUCACCUGGCCUCUAUGUCUGUGGAUGCCCUACAGGAUGUGGUCAUGCAAUCUCAUCUGCAGUGCACCAACCUGCAAACGCUUGGGGCAUCGGCUUACAUCGUGUGGGCUCUACAAAACGGUGAGACGGGUGCUCAAUCUGUACAGCUGGUACUUCCUGGCUACAGAGUACCUGGAGUGUCAACGUUGCCAUAAGAAAGUUGCUGCAUGGUCCUUUGAUGUUCUAGACCAGCUGGAUCCGGCUCACCGUGGGAUGUUCCCAGCCAUCCUCACUUACAGGCUGUCUUGUGACAUGCAUGUGGUGAAAUUGAUGAGGGAGCGCUCCCUUGGAAACAGUGUUACUAUGCUGCACAACACGCUACAUGAACAGCACAGCGAGGACUGGAUGCAGAGGAGCAUGCAAUAUCUCACUGUGUGCGACCAGUUUCAGGGGAGCACACGGCCCAUCACCCCACCACCUAUGCCACCUGUACCAUCUGCCAGGUGGCUCCUUUAUGUCCACGCGGAGGAUGUCCGGUCCCGGUAUGAGGAACUCAAAGCCAGGGUCACCUCUGUCUUUGGGUCCAUCCUAAAGAUGGAUUCCACAAAAAAGGUGACCAAAAAACUGGCAGGAGCCGCAGCGGGGACCGCGGCCUGGGUCACCAAUGUGGGGAACGAGCACGGACAGAUCCUAAUGUCCGUUCUCACCUCACAUGAGGGUCAGGGGCUGCUCCCAAUGACUAUAGGCCUGGUCAACAGGUACAAGUCGGCCGGGGUUCCUCCUCCUCAUGUGCUCUAUCUGGACAGAGACUGCUGCUCGGCAAUGGGAACAUCGAGAGCAGGUGCCAUGUUUGUCGGGUGGGAUGACCUGGUGGUGCGCCUCGAUGUUUGGCACUUUUUGAGGCGCUUUGCAGCUGGUCUCCACACAGACAGUCACCCGCUGUACGGCCUAUUUAUGGCAAAGCUCUCUGCCUGCAUCUUUGAGUGGGAUGAGGGAGAUGUGGCCCUGCUGAAGGAGGCAAAAAGGAGGGAGCUUGAGCAAUGCCAGGGCGUCACAGGCCUCACAGAUGAGCUGCUAAUGAGGAAGCUUAACCCCAAGCAGCUGGCGAAGCACUGUCGCCGUCGUACACGCGGCACCGAAGUUACAGAGCGUCUGAUUGGGGAGACAUUGGAGGGCUUCAAGGAUGCCAAGGAAACCAUGGGGAUUCCCUUGAUGGAUCAAGAGAGGAUGACAGUUGUCUGGGAGACCCAACGACGCCAUCUUCCCUGCAUCCAGGACCCUCCGGGAGUGCAGAUGUACACCCAGACAGGAAGUGUUACCAAGGGUGGGGUGACUCUUCCUGUAUACCGCUGUGCUCGGGGCUCCACUUCUCUAAAGUCCUUUCACAACCACGUGAACCGCUUCAUACCUGGAACAAGCGCUAACCUGGAAAAUUUCCAGGCUUUUUUGCUCGAGGGUCUGGAGCGGUGGAAUGAAGAUCGUGCGGCUGCUGCUGUAAGUGACGCCCCACAGUCCCUGCGCUGUUACAGUGCUUCCUUCCAGCACUGUCUCAAUGAGCUCAGUCAGCGUCUUCUCGGCUGCAGUCUGGUUAAAGACUAUUCCAAGCCGGGAGAGUACACGGGUGAGCUCAUGGGGGUGGAAUACCUGUGCUCUCAACAAUCUUGGGAGUUCAGAGAAAAUUUUGGUCGGGACCCAGACACCCCAGACAGUAUCCCAGACACCUCGGAGGAAGCAGAAGAUGGGGGAUUUGCAGAUGAGGAAGAGGAGCAGGAUCUCACUGUCUCCACUCUUUCUUUGGUGUCCACCAAAGUGUCUCUGGAUCUACAGCCUUUCUCCCAGGAUCCACCACUUGAUCCUCAAACACAAGAUGUGUGCAGAGGACCGGAUGGGGCUCCAGGGUUUGAAAGGGUGGUGGAGCUGGCGAGGUACCUGGUCGAGCUCAGGGAAAAACCCUGUCUCUCUGAUAGGGAAGCCGCUGUUAUUAUCCAGCUGUGGGACAGACUCCCAGACAGCGACAAACAGGGGCUUUCCUAUACAUCCAGGCACAAGGACAAGGUUUUGCAGGGCACGUUUAAGGCCACACACUCAAAAAACAAAUCCUGCCACGGAGAAGAGAGCCUUAAGCGGUGUGUCCCUGGGCAGGGAUCAGGAUCUGCACAAUGGCCUACAGUAAGCAGAAUUGUAGAGGCUGUAUGUCUGGAGCUGUGCUCCAUAAAUCCAGCAGGUAGGAUAAAGUGGGGCGUUACUAUGAACCGGUGGUCAGCCAUUCUCUACGACUACCAGGCCAUCAGGAGGCUGGUGGGGAACUGCCCUACACUGAAGGGAAAGACCCGAAUUCAGCUGUUCGAGGUCAAUCAACGGACACUUUCUGUUUGGUACAACGACUACAGGAAGAAGAUGGAGCCAAAUGUCUUGUCACUGAGUUUGCCCCUACCUCAGAUGAGCAUGAUGUCUCACACCCCUCUUCCAGUGGCCAGACAGAAGCAUUCAGGGACAUUAGGGGCUGAAACAGCUAUUCGACCCUACCACUUUGUUGUGAACCCGGACAAGUCAAAUCAGGCCACUCGGCGGGGACAACGCCCACCUCACCCUGCAGCAGCGCCCCUCUCUACUCCAUCAGCAGCGCCCCUCUCUACUCCAUCAGCAGCGCCCCUCUCUGCGCCAUCAGCAGCGCCUCUCUCUGCGCCACCAGCAGCGCCCCUCUCUACCCCACCAGCAGCGCCCCUCUCUACCCCACCAGCAGCGCCCCUCUCUACCCCACCAGCAGCGCCCCUCUCUACCCCACCAGCAGCGCCCCUCUCUACCCCACCAGCAGCGCCCCUCUCUACCCCACCAGCAGCGCCCCUCUCUACUCCACCAGCAGCGCCCCUCUCUACUCCACCAGCAGCGCCCCUCUCUACUCCACCAGCAGCGCCCCUCUCUGCUGCAGGGAAUUCUCCCCUUAAAGCGUUGAGCAGGUCAACACUUUGGAGAAAAAGGAAGGCAGCAGAGAGUUUGGCUCGAGAACAGGGACUUCACAUGCCCGAGCAACAAGCCCGCAAACACUACACGUGCCGUCAGUGUGGGCAACUACGCAGAAGAGAGUUUGGGCACGCCAGGAUUGGAGGGACAUUCUUCUGUGCCACCACAGAGGGGAAGACUGUGGAGGACUGGCUUAAAGAAAUGAGAAAUGAAGGAAAUCCUCCUCCUCUAAUUUAA